AGACGUUGCUCGCGAGCGGUUGUAACGGUACCGUAAGAGCCGCCACAAAACUUAUCAUUUACAUACGCGCGCGUAACGGUUUAGAAUCAUUUUUUGCCCAAAGAAGCGCAACAGCGGCACGGCGUGUAUAUAGCGGUAAAUAUCGGCGGGACAGGCAAUUAUUUGCCAAGCAGAAGAAAAGUGCUAAAUGAAAGAGAAUGAGACACAGUCGACAGACGAACAGAAGACGAUGUUGAUUGAGUGCAUUUCGCGCGACAUUCCCUGAGAGAAAAGAAACAGAACAAGUGAGAGAGAGAGCGAGACAACUAGUGAGUGAUAGCGGGCCAGAAGUGCAACAUAAAGCUCAGCGUUACAACACCACAAGCCACCACACACACACACAGACACACUGUACACCCCACCGAGUGAGCGAAACAGCAAAUGAACUUCAAUCCGGCCAGCGUUGUAGCCGCAGCAGCAGCAGCCGCCCACAAUACGCACCACACCCACCCGCACCACCUGCAUCAGCACCACCAUCAUAGCCAGCAGCCCCACAUAAUCCCACUGCCCAGCUACAGCAGCCAGCCAGCGAUAGUGGUGGGUGUGGGCAGCGGGACAGGACUCGGAAGUGGAGGAGGUAACGCGGGAAAUACAGCUGGCAAUAUUUCGCCCAAAAUCAUGGAAUGGACCAACGACGAUGCCCUGGAGCUCAUCGAACAGUAUCGCUGUCACACGGAGCUCUGGAACCGGGCCGAUCCCAAGUACAAGGACAAGCUGUGCCGUUUCCGGGCCUGGUCGGAAAUCGCCGAACGCUUCGGCUGCAGCAAGGCCGAGGUGGAGCGCAAGAUGAACGUCCUGCUCACCCAGUACCGGCGCGAGAAGCAUAAAAUGUUUGUGAAAAUCUACCAGGGCAUCCAGCCCAAUCCGUCCAAGUGGUACGCCUUCAAGCGGUUCGAUUUCAUGGAGGCCGGCGGCGGCAGCCUCAGUGGUGGCGUGGGCGGUGGCCCCGUCGGAGGUGUCCUGACCAGCGCCGGCAGCAACAUUGUGGCCAAUCCUGUUGCCACCUCGGCGGCCGCAGCAGCCAACCACAAUGGGCUCAAUGGACUGGCUGCAGCGGCAGCGGCUGCCUACGAGAGCAGCACCAUUGCAGCAGCGGGCAAUGGGGGAGCCCCCGGAAUGGGAGGAACAACACAGCCCGCCAUGCAGCACAGACGCAUCAAGACCAAAGAGCUGAAAUACUUCGGAGCGAUGGGCCUCAACAUACCCAUGCUGAUAGCGAACAGCCAGACGCUGGACAGCUGGAAUACGGCGGGCCAGUACUCGCCGCCGAUAUCAGGGUCCGCGGGCAGCGAUCGUGGUGGCAGUGCCGGAGGAGGAGUGGGGUCUGCAUCCCAGCAGCAGCAGCAGCAACUGAGAGUACCCUUGCCCAUGGCGUACGGAAAUGCGGGUACCCCCUAUGCUGGCGGCGGGCCGGGUAGCAGCAGCAGCGAAUUCCAGCCGAGUCCCCACAAAACCAUGGACACCUCCGACAACGAGGACAACAACAACAAGGAGGAUGCAGCGGCGGCGGCAGCGCUGGGGCAACUGGCGGCCAAAGUGGAACGCCGGUCACCUCAGUCCGCGACAAGUGGGGGACCUGGAGGUGGCCCCGGCGGAGGAGGAGGAGGAGGCAGCAGUCGAGACGCCAACGAUCCCGGUAGCGAUCCCGCAGAGCGGGGGCCCUUGAGCGAAGCGGGAUCCAGUCCCAUACCCAACACCAAUAUGCACGAGGCGCACAAGAAUCAUCUGCUAUCCAGUCCGGCGGCGGUAAGAGCCUCCACGCCCCGCCAGGCGCACGAGCAGCUCCUCCAUCCGCACGUACAUCCGCACCAUCUGCAGCAGCAGCAACAGCAGCAGCAGCAGCAGCAGCAGGCCUCCCAGCAGUCCCAUCCACACCAUCCGCACCAUGGCCAUCAUUCGGAUGAGCUGGACAUCAAGCAAGAGAUGGUGGACUACUUUCAUGGCCAGCCCGUGGGUGGCGCCGUGACGGGAGCCGUCGCUCCACCAGCCCUCGAAUCGCAUCGUUCCUACAGUUCGGCGGGCGAGGAGAGCCGCCUGCCGCUGGACAUGGCCCAGGACCUGCGGGUGGCGGCCCAGGCCAAGGCCAACUUCGGAGCCUUCGUCCUGCCGCCACGCAGCGGCACCACCACCUCGGCGACAGCCAUGCCCCUGAACAUGAGGAAGCUGACGGCUGCCUCCAGUGCCGCCGGCCAUAUGCUGAUGAACUCUCUGCUCAGCUCUCGGGAGAGCAUGUCCGACGGCGAGGAGGCGGACAACGAUGAGGCCACUGAAUCGGCCGCCAGUCCAGGCCACGUUAAGAGCAGUGUUUCGGCCCAGGAUGCCAGCUCGGCGGCAGCGGCAGCGGCGGCAGCCACCGCCUUCUAUGCGGAAAGCCUGAGCCGCGACGACUGCGAUUUCGUGGGCUCCAAUGUGUCGAUGAAGCUGCGGACGAUGGACCGCACCCAGCGGAUCAUUGCCGAGAAGCUGAUCAGCGAGGUCCUCUACUACGGACAGUUCAACGAGCUGGAGCGCACGGCACGGAUCCUGCCCAAGUGACAGUGGCGCCUCAAGAAGUGGACGACCGCGACGACGAGUACAACAGCUGGGGCUGGGACUGGGACUGGGACUGGGACGACGGGCGGGACACCGAUGAUGGGCCUGGGUCUCGGUCUCGGUCUGGGCCUGGGCUACGGCACGGCGGGGCGGGGCAUGGCAAAUAAAUGCAACGAAAUUCCAUUUAUAAAGAAAUAGUCAAAGCAAACCAACAAACAACCAACAAACAACAACAAACAAAAUACAAAAACAGUACAAUUUAUUUUUAGUUCUGCGCCAGGAUUCCCCCACGAAUCGAAGGGGGUCACACACCACUUGUACAAAGGACGAGACGAGGGGCAGCGUUACUUAGGGGAAAGCUAUAGAAAGGUUAGAGAAAAGGUACUUACACGAGAGGGAGACGCGAAACAAAACAAUAAGCAAAUGAAACACAAACCAAAGUUACUUUCUAUUCGGUUCUUGGGGGGCUGCAAAAACAAUAGUUGUUUAUUUUUUUAUAUUUUUUUAUGUUUGUGCUUCAAUAUUAAAUAACGAAAUACAUAAAAUACAUAGAUCGUAUAAUAGUUUAGAGAGGGUUAGAGUGGAUCGGGGAAACGGUAGGUGGGGCGCGCAUAUACCUGAGACAUCUAGCUAGCAGAAUCUCAGUAUUACACAUGAAAUACACUUUUACAUAGACCAUAGAAAGACGAAGAGAACGCCCCUGACGGGGGCUGACGGGAGGAACGGAACAGAUCCUGUAAAGCAUUUUGCCAUGUUUAUAGCUAGAUUCUUGGGUCACACACACUCGCUCGUCCACUUCUAGGCAGCUACCAGAGCCGAACCCCUACCGACAUACACCUCGCUCUAAGAGAAAGACAAGGAAGGGGAAUUACUAAAAAGGAAAACUCAUGUUCCGAAAGAGCUGAUUGAUGCAGAAAGGCACUUGUAAAACCUAUAUUAAACACCUAUGUAUACAUGUAUCUGUCUAUGGAUAUAUGUAUGUAUGUAUGUAUAUGUAAAUGGAAACUAUAUAUAUAUAUAUAUAUAUAGUGUAUAUCAUUGUACCUUAUUUUGAAACAGAAAUGUUUCGUUAGUCACAUAAGUCUGGUCGUCGCAGAACACAGCAAUCCAAAACCCAACAACAACAACAACAAAAAACUGAAACCAACCAACAGAAAAAUACCACAAAAUAAUUUUUACCUUAUGUUAUACAAAUAUUUGUCGUCACUAGUUUGUUGAAGAAUGAAAAAAUCAACAAAUAAGAUAUAUAAAAAAAAAGAAGAAAAAACCAAUGGAAA